AAGAAAAAAAAAAAUGGCUUCAGAUAUUAACAAUAACGGUUUAGAUUAUAACGAAGAAACAAAUCCAUUAUAUCAUUUCUUAAAAAAACAAGCAACGGAAUUUGAGUUAUUUGGACAACGUUUAAGAACUGAAAUACAAAAUUCAUAUCAAGAAUUUACAAAACUUCAAGAACAACAGAAACAAGAAGAAUCAAAUCAAACAAAUCAUGAAACAACUACAGAAUUUCAAAGGGCCCAACAAAUUAUUAAUGAGAUAAUGAAUCUUAGUAAUUCACAAACAGAAUUAAUAGAAGCAUUAAAAUCUCGUGUUGAAGAAUUAGAAACUGAAUCUAUUAUAAAAAAUCAAGAUGUUAAAAAACUUCGACAAGAGCUUGAACUUAAUAAAUUACGAAUUAAAAAAUCUGAAACUAAAAGUAAAUCUGAUACCAAAGGAAAAUCCGUUGAUAUUGGAGAUAAACAAAAUCCAAUAGAUCAUGAAGAGAUUUGGAAUUAUGAAGGUUUAAAUUGGGAAGAUAUUAUGAAUGAGAAUCUGAAUCUUUUAAAUAUUUCAAAAACAACUCAUACUGAACCUUCCUCAUCAAAUCAUUUUUCUUCAUCUUCACAAUCUAAUUCUCUUUCUAGAGAAAAAUCAGAAAAUAUUUUUCUAAUUAAUCAAAUUCACACUAGAGUUCAAAAAAUUAUUAACCGAAGAGAAAAUCAUGGUAAAAAACUUAAAAAGAAGAAUUUCAAAAUUUUAGCGAAUGAUUUUACUCUUAAUGAUUUAAGACAAUAUACAAAAUCAGAAAAUUUUAAAUCUUUAAAGGAAAAGGUUAGAGGGCAUGUAAAUAAAGUAAUAGAAGAUAAUAUGAAUAAUCCGAAUUUUUCGAUGAAAUCUCAUAAUAAACCAAUUAAUACUACUUUUUCACGUUCAUUAACUCCUUUUACUUCACAAAUUAAUUCUUUUUCACAAGAAAAUCAAGAGAUUCCUCUUAUAAUUGAAAAUCUUCAUUCUCAGAUUCAACAAAUUAUUAAACAAAAAGAAGUUAGUCAGACUAGAGUUAGAUUAAAGCAUUUUAAAGCUUUAAAGUCUUAUACACUCAAUAAUUUUAUUCAGUAUACAAAAACAAAUAUGUUCAAUUCUUUGGAUAGUAAUUCUAAAAGAUUAAUGAAUCUUCUUAUUAGUGAAACCUUAUCAAGAGAAUUUGAUCGUCAAAAUUUAGUACUUUCACAAAGUAUGGAUGAAUAUAUUACAAGGGGCGUUAUUCCAGAAUUACCUUAUGGAUAUAAAAAUUAUACUGAGUAUGAGAAAAGUGAUAUGUUUAACAGAUUAAAUAAAGUUUUAAAAGCAAGAGUCGUUAAGUUGACUAUGUUAGAAAAAAGAAUAAUAGUUUAAAUGAGAGUUAUGAGCUAUAUAUAUAUAUAUAUAUAUAUUGAUUUUUUUGAUUUUUGAUUUUUGAUUUUUGAUUUUUGAUUUUUUUUUU